CGCAGGUGGCGCCGCGCCAGAGUCAGAGAGGGUCACAAAAAUGAGUAUCAUGUCAUACAACGGCGCCGCCAUCAUCGCGAUGUGCGGCAAGGAGUGCGUGGCGAUCGCGUCCGACCUCCGCUUCGGCAUCAACCAGCAGCAGACCACCGCGGUGGACAUGAAGAAGAUCUACAAGAUACACGACCACCUGUACGUCGGCCUCUCGGGCCUCGCGACGGACCAGGCCACCCUGGCGCAGAGGUUCAAGUUCCGCCACAACAUGUACGAGCUGAGGGAGUCGCGGAAGAUGCGUCCGGAGACGUUCGCCAACCUCGUCUCCACCAUGCUCUACGAGAAGAGGUUCGGGCCUUACUACGCCGAGCCAAUCGUCGCCGGCCUGGACGCGACGAACGGGUACAAGCCCUUCAUCACGGGCAUGGACCUGAUCGGGGCGAUGGCGCCCACAGAUAACUUCGUGGUGUGCGGCAACAACGAGGAGUCGCUGUUCGGCGUGUGCGAGAGCAUGUACAAGCCCGAUUUGGAGCCGGAGGAGCUCUUCGAGGUCAUCGCGCAGUGCAUCCUCGCGGGCGUGAACCGGGACUGCCUCUCGGGAUGGGGCGGCGUGGUGCACGUGAUCUCCAAGGACAAGGUCAUCACGCGCACGCUGAAGGGCCGCAUGGACUGAGCUCGGCGCGUCAGCGUAAUGGGGGGGGACACUAGUAGCUUAACACGGGUUUAUAGCCAACAAACAGGAUCCG